AUGCCGCCGACUACAUCAUCGAGUGCAAAGAAGUCACCCGCGUUGAGGACGCUGCAAACCAAGCUGAAGUCGUACCAAAAUAUGUUCAGGGAUAUCUGUAGGUUCGCCGAUUCGUUUGGAGUGGAAACUACAGCCAGCCAGGUGACGGUUCGACUGGAAAAGCUUGAGGAGUUGUGGGAGAAGGUGAACGAUGUGAUCUUAGACAUCGAAACACAUGAAGACUUCGAAGCAGAGGAUGACGCCUAUGCUGAGCAACAGUCGGAGUUUGGAAACCGCUACUACCAGGUGAAGUCGGUGCUAUUAGACAAGGUCAAGGAGCUAGAAGAACCAGCUGUCCUGAACGCCUCCAUCCGAGGACUCGACAUGACACAACAACCCACCAUUGAGCAUGUGCGACUCCCACAAAUCAAGUUGCAAACCUUCGAUGGCAACAUUGAUGAGUGGUUGAGCUUCCGCGAUCUAUACACAUCGCUCAUCCAUUGGAAAGCGGAUUUACCGGAUGUCGAGAAAUUUCAUUACCUGAAGGGAUGUCUGUCAGGAGAAGCUAAGGCUCUUAUUGACCCACUGUCGAUUACAAGGGCGAAUUACCAGGUCGCAUGGGAGACGCUAACCAAACGCUACAACGACAGUAAACUCCUGAAGCGGCGUCAGAUUCAAGCGCUGUUUAAGUUGCCUAGUCUGGUUAAGGAGUCGGCCAAUGAAUUGCAGUCUUUGUUGGAGGGAUUCGAACGUGUUGUUCAGACCCUUGAUCAGCUGGUACAACCCGCCGACUACAAGGAUCUUCUACUGCUAGACAUAUUAGCUUCGCGUCUAGACAGUGGAACCAGGAGAGCUUGGGAAGAGCAUUCAUCCACCAAGGAGCAGGAUACGGUGAAGGACUUGACCGAAUUCUUGCAAAGACGGAUCAGAGUACUAGGAUCAUUGCCAACUAGAUCCGUUGAACCCAAGGUUGUCGUACCGCAACCGCAAAGGAAGCCAUUUGUAGCGCGCUCUAGCCAUAGCGUCGUACAAAAUACAGGAGGACGGUGUAUCGCGUGUUCGGAAUCCCAUCCUCUUUAUCAAUGUCCAGCUUUCCAACGUUUAGCAGUAUCCGCCCGCGAUAAGCUGCUCCGCAACCACUCCUUAUGUCGCAAUUGUUUCCGGAAGGGUCAUCUGGCUGCGGAUUGUUCUUCACGAUAUGUGUGCCGUAAUUGCAAGGGCAAGCACCAUACCUUGGUAUGUUUUCGGACGGACGGCGAAGGCGGUAAGGAGUCAACCACUAAGGUAGCAAACAGUUCCGGCAAUUCCAAGGAAGGGGAAUCUAGUACCAGAAUAGCCAGCACCCCAUCGGCUGUUUCAUCUAACAUGUCUGGUCAGCGCAGCUCAUCGGUAUUACUCGCUACGGCCAUCGUCUUAGUAGAGGACGAUCAAGGAGGUAGUUAUCAAGCAAGGGCUCUACUGGAUUCGGGUUCUGAAUGCAAUUUCAUGACCGAGCGGUUAUGUCAACUGAUGAGCGUUCAACGGCGACGGUCCGACGUGUCUGUGUACGGGAUUGGGCAAUCCAAUACUAAGGUCAAGCAUAAGGUGACAACAACAGUGAAGUCGCGAGUAUCUGCUUUCUCGCGGAAGAUGGAGUUUCUUCUAUUACCGAGCGUCACAGCAAAUCUUCCGAUAGCCAACGUGGAUAUGACGGGAUGGGAAAUUCCAACUGGCGUGGAGCUAGCGGAUCCAGCGUUUUUCAAGUCCAAGGCGGUUGAUUUAGUGCUUGGGAUCCAGUACUUCUUCGCAUUCUUCCACACUGGGAAUGAAGUCCACUUAGGCAGGGGCCUUCCUUCUCUAACCGAGUCGGUAUUCGGAUGGGUAGUAGCUGGCAUGGUUGAAGGCUCACUGGAAACCCAACGUAUAACCUGCAAUAUGGCAGUCGGUCUAGAGGAAAUAUUGACUCGUUUCUGGGCCUGUGAGGAGAUCGAUUCUACCUCUACUUAUUCACCUGAGGAAGCACGCUGCGAGGAGCAGUAUGCUAGAACUGUACGAAGGGGAGCGGAUGGCCGAUACACAGUCUUACUACCAAGGGAUGAAGUCGCACUGGCAAGGAUGGGCGAGUCAAGGGACAUCGCAUUCCGGCGGCUAGAAGCUUUGGAACGCAGACUGUCGAAGGAUCCCGAGCUCCGGAAACAGUACAACCAGUUCAUGGCGGAAUACCUGGAGCUAGGCCAUAUGCGAAAGGUAUCUGUGGCACCAGAUGAGGAAGGCACACACUGCUACUUACCCCAUCAUCCAGUAGUCAAACAAGAAAGCACCACAACCAAGGUCAGAGUGGUCUUUGAUGCAUCGUGCAAAACUUCUUCGGGAAACUCUCUAAACGAUGCACUAUUAGUGGGACCGGUGAUUCAGGAUGAUCUCCGGUCAAUUAUUCUACGGAGUCGAACCAAGCAGUAUAUGGUGGUAGCAGACGUCGAAAAGAUGUUUCGGCAAAUCCAGAUUGAUGAGGGGGACAUGCCUCUUCAACGAAUUAUGUGGCGUGUCGAUAGGGCCGAGGAGGUCAGUAUCUUUGAAUUAACCACGGUUACCUAUGGAACCAAGCCCGCCCCGUUCCUCGCAACCAGAACUCUGAAGCAAUUGGCUAUGGACGAGCAAGCACAAUAUUCACUAGCAGCAAGGGCUGCAAUCGAAGACGUCUACAUGGACGAUGUUUUGACUGGUGCUGACGAAGCAGAAGCAGCGUUGGAGCUGCGAAUCCAGCUGGACGAGAUGAUGGAUAAAGGCAGAUUCCGUCUGAGAAAGUGGGCUUCCAACUGCCCGAUGGUAUUGCAAGGCAUACCAGAAGAAAAUCUAGCGGUAAUGCAAGCGAAAGAAAUCCAGCUAGAUCCCGAUCCCGAAGUACGAACCCUAGGACUGGUGUGGCUUCCAGUGGAUGAUGUCCUGAUGUUCCGAUUCAAAAUACAGGAAUUAGAUCCAGUCGGUAAAUUGUCUAAACGUAAGGUGCUGUCAAUCAUAGCUACGCUAUUCGAUCCGUUGGGUUUGGUAGGAGCAGUAAUCACAACUGCAAAGAUUUUCAUGCAGCUACUGUGGUGUCUAAAGGAUGGCAAUGGAAGGACCUUAGAUUGGGAUAGUCCACUGCCAUCAAGGGUUGACACAGAAUGGCGAGAUUUCCACUCUCAGUUGCCACUACUAAACAGUUUGAGAAUCGACCGCUGCGUUAUAAAACCGAAGGCAGUUACUAUAGAGCUACACUUCUUCUCAGAUGCAUCCGAGCGAGCAUACGGAGCCUGCGCGUAUACUAGAAGUGUGGAUUCAACGGGAGGGGUUAGAAUCGUAUUACUGUCGUCCAAAUCCAAGGUAGCUCCGUUGAAAUGCCAAUCCAUUCCACGCUUGGAGCUGUGUGGAGCAUUGAUGGCGGCUCAGCUUUCGGAGAAGAUUUCUAAGGCGAUCAAGAUGAACGUGCAGCAGUUUUUCUGGACGGACUCUACCUGUGUUCUACAAUGGCUAAAGGCAGUACCCACGACGUGGACUACAUUCGUUGCUAAUCGCGUGGCGAAAAUUCAAGGAAUCACCGAGGCGCAUAUUUGGCAGCACGUUCCAGGAACCCAAAAUCCGGCCGACUUAAUUUCGCGCGGAUUAACUCCAGAGCAGAUCCAGCACAAUGAGCUGUGGUGGGAAGGCCCAUCAUGGUUUCAGGCAGGGCUAGAUUCAUGGCCAAGGCAACCAACAAUGGCAAACGUUGAGGACGUAGAAGGGGAGAUGCGCCGCUCAGCAGUUCCAUGUGCGAAACAGCAGGAGUAUUUCGGAACCUGGUACGUUAGCAAGUUCUCCAACUAUCAAAAUUUGAUGAGAAGUACAGCGUACUGGCUACGAUUGAAAAAUAUCCUCAAGCGGACUGAGGCUAGCAGAAGAUGGAAAGGAAUUCUACAGGCAGCAGAAUUGAAGGAGGCAGAGCACACGUUAAUGGGAUGCAUUCAGCAGGAAACGUUCCCAAAAGAGUGGAAGGCGCUUUCGAACCAUGACGCGGUAUCAAGGAGUUCACCGCUGCGCUGGUUUUACCCACAGUUGUCUAGAGACAAUCUGAUCAGAGUUGGAGGCCGAUUGGGCCACUCACAGGAAAUUGAAGAUACCAAGCAUCCAAUAGUUCUUCCAGCAACACACCUUCUAACAAGAAUGCUACUAGAGCAUUUUCAUAAGAAGUUGCUUCACGCAGGACCGCAGCUUCUUCUUGGCACCGUAAGGCUUCAGUAUUGGCCAUUGGGAGGCCGCAGUGUAGCUCGGCAAAUAGUACAUCGGUGCCAACGUUGUUUCAGAGCAAAGCCAAGACCUAUUCAACAGUUCAUGGGUGAGCUACCCGCAGCGCGUGUAACGGCAUCAAGGCCAUUCUCACGCACAGGAGUCGAUUAUUUCGGCCCGGUACUUAUACGCCCAGGUCCCCGUCGUACGGCAGUGAAGGCUUAUGUAGCAGUAUUCGUCUGUAUGUGCACGAAAGCCGUUCAUCUUGAACUGGUAACAGAUCUGUCUACGGACCGGUUUCUGCAGGCGUUACGCAGAUUUAUUGCAAGAAGAGGCAAGUGUUCCGACCUGUACUCUGAUAACGGGACAAACUUCAUUGGAGCUCGGAACCAACUGAAACAACUGGCUGAAUUGUUACACAGCAAAGAGCACAACGAGAAGAUAGCGAAGGAAUGCAUAAAGGAGGGAAUCCAUUGGCAUUUUAAUCCCCCCAGUGCUCCCCAUUUCGGAGGUCUAUGGGAAGCGGCAGUGAAGUCAGCCAAAUACCAUUUGUUGCGCGUCCUCGGUGACCAUGUUGUUUCGUUUGAAGAUAUGAACACUCUUUUGGUUCAGGUGGAGAGCUGUCUUAACUCUAGACCGCUAACUGCGAUGUCCGACGAUCCGAAUGAUCUGGAACCUUUGACUCCAGGACAUUUUUUGAUUGGAGCCUCCAUGCAACAACUGCCUGCUCCAGACUACACUGCUGUUCCGCUAAAUCGGUUGAAGCAGUGGCAAACAAUACAGCAAAAACUACAGCAAUUCUGGAAACGAUGGCGGUUGGAAUAUUUAACCCAGCUGCAGGGCAGAGUGAAGCGUUGGCAACCGCCGAUUCCAAUCUCUGUGGGCCAAUUGGUGUUAAUCCGCGAUGACAACCUACCCCCCAUCCGCUGGAAAAUGGGAAGGAUUCAGAAGGUCCACUCUGGAGACGACGGAGUUGUCAGAGUAGUGAGGCUUAAGACCGCAACAGGAAUACUUGAAAGGCCCGUCGAAAAAAUUUGUAUCCUGCCAUCAUCAGACCAGCAAGACUCCCAGUUGUAG